UCCCAGAUGGUUGUGCAGCUCUGAGCGUCGCUCCCGUUGCAACUUCCCCAUUUUCUUCCCAAAAGCGGAGACGAAUGAAAGAGGACGUUUCGAAUGCUUUUUUUUUCGCUUUUUUCACAGGAGACAGCGGAUGCAGACAAUGCCUAAUCAGGGACUGCCGUGCUACUGACUGUCACUUUUAAUCUCAGGUGCUGACCGGUGGCCGCGUAGUUGAAGUGGAGGUUUGGGUUGCUAUGGUAACUUAUCCAAGCAAAUUCCCAUACAGGAGAACGGCCCUCGCCACUGUCACUUAUUUCUAUGACAUGCUUGACUAAGAGCUUCAGCCAUCAUGAAGAAAAGUAAGCAGCAGAAAGCCACUGGAGGGAAGGUGUUUUUAUCUCCACCACGCUCCCUAAGCCCAGGCUCUUCUCUGUCCAAUCCGAGGACUAGGACUCCUUCUCCUGUUAGUUUCCCUAAAGCAGUGGGUCAACAAGUGACGUUCACAGAGGAGAGUGAUGCCGGUGGCUCUGAAUUACAGGAAAAUGAUGGUGAAAAGCCAAAUCCUGGCAUUCGUUAUUUAACGGAAGGACUGAUAAAGAAAAUAUCUCAACAAGAGAAUCUAGCUCUGGUGCAGUCUUUAAACCUCUCAUUGGCAAAGAGCGGAGGCAAGAAGCUCAAGUUUAUUGAAAACUUGGAGAAGCUAGAAAAACUGCAAAUAUUGCACCUAAGCAACAACAUGAUUCAGAAAAUCGAAAAACUGGACAAACAGCUGAAAUUGAAAGAGCUCCAUCUAUCCAACAACCAAAUCAGAAAAAUUGAAGGCCUGGAGCAUAUGACACAACUCAGGCAUCUAAACUUUUCUGGAAAUGAAAUUGAGAAUGUACCAGCUUGGGUUGGGAAAAAAUUACGAUCUCUGCAGACCUUGAACCUUAGGCAGAACAGAAUCUCUUCACUAUAUGAUAUCACUAAGCUAAAACCACUGAAAGACCUCACAAAACUAGUCUUGGCAGAAAAUCCUCUAGCCACUUUACCACAUUACAGGCUUUUUGUGGUGUUCCACCUGCGAUCAGUGGAAUUUCUGGACGAGCAACCAGUCACUGAAGAGGAGCGACAAUUGGCACAUGAACGCUUUCAUUUAGAGGAGGUGGAGCGUCUGGAGCAGGAGCUUGAGAAACGGCUUCAGGAGAUCAAAGACUUACAGGAAGAGCAGUCUAUGGCCUUGGAGGAACUGAACCACCAAGAAGAAAUGAACAAAUCCUUGCAAAAUAAAGCUGAGGAACAGAAACAGAUGCAGAUGGAGCUAGAAAGAGAGAUGGGAACCAAGAAUGAGUUGCUACUCUCUUGGUUAUAUAUAGUCCCCCACCUGUCCAGUCUUUGUCCCCCAAUGCAGCUGAAACAGAAGACUGCUGAGCUUACCCGUGCUUGUCAGAAGCAGUAUGAACUUGAGCAGGAGCUAGCCUUUUACAAAAUCGAUGCCAAGUUUGAACCAUUCCCUUUCGUUCCUAAUGAGGAAAUGGCUCUUGAGAAUUUCCCAGAUGAAAGCCCCUACAUUGGGAAAGCAAAGUACAAAAGAAAUGCAUAUGCCAGGGAGAGCUAUGUUCCUGAAGAGAACCCAAAGCAGGCAACAGCAGGAAAGCUGCAAAUGGACUUACCAGUUGAAGCACAAUCCAGACUUCAGGACACACUUGAUGCUCAGAAGUUAGCUGAGGAGCGUUUAAUGCAACUUCAAAAGGAUAUUGGAGAUGCUGAACAGCAGAUCCUAAGAGCUACAGAAGAAUUGAGGCAACUAGAAGAGACAGUGUCUCAGAAACGGAUAUCAGAGGCAGAAAAGGAACACCUUCGUCAGCAGCUGCACAGAAAGAUUCAGCUGUUAACUAAGUUGCGUCAGGAAGCUGAAGAUUUGGAGCAUCAGAUGGAGCGCCAGAGAGCAGAAAUGGCAAAAAAGCAAGCAGAGCUGGAUGAGUUGCAGAAAACUUUAAACUCCCUUGAUCCUAGUGACCCCCGACAUGCUCAUGUGAAAGCUCAAAUGGUAAAUAAAAGUCAGCAGUUGGACAUGAUGAGUAAACAAUAUCGAGAGCUCGAGAACCGGCUGGAUGAAAUGCUGGCCAGAAUUGCUAAGGAGACUGAGGAGAUCAAGGACCUGGAGCAGCAGCUAACAGAGGGCCAGAUAUUAGCGAAUGAAGCUUUGAAGAGGGACUUGGAAGGAAUCAUUGCAGGGUUGCAAGAGUACCUUAAAAGUGUGAAGAAUCAGGCAAGACAGACCAAUGAAGAGUGUCGUCAGCUGAAAAAGGAGAGGGAGGCCUUGCUCACUAGGCUUACCAAUCUAGAAGAUGAAAGGAACCAAAUGGAGGUUGUUGCUUUGGAUGCAGACAGCAUGAGACAGGAGCUGUUGGAUUUACGACGUACUUCUCAGCAGCUACAAAAGGAGAAUGAGCAACUGAAGAAGGCCCAAGGUGACCUGAGUGCCUAUGAGACAGAACUUGAAGUUCAGCUACAGGAACGGGAUGCAGAAGCUAACCAAUUGAAAGAUGAGUUGGCAAGACAGCGGCGUCUUAGCCAGAUGGAACAUUCGGCCCUACAAGCAGAACUGAACAAGGAGAGGCAGGCUUUGGAGAACGCCAGGGCUCAGGCACAGCAAGCCACAGAGCGAGAACAGGACAACAAGGAACUGCAGGCACAGCUGAAGAAAUUUCAGGUGGAAAACUCUUCAUUAAAGGAGAAACUUGAAGAGCUUCAGAACCAAAUGGAGAAAAUGAAGGACAUCAUGCUUGAACCUGAAGAAGUGACCACUAGAAUAGAGGAGCUACGAAGAAAGGUACAAACAGGAGUUGGAGAAUUAAGACCAUACAGCUCAAAGGACACUAUUGGAAAGAGCCUAUCUGAGCUGCAGCAAGAGCUGGAAAAGGCCCUGUCCCGUUCAGAAAAAGAAAAGGAUGAUGCUGUGCGACGGCAGAACAAGCUGACACAGGAGAUGGCCACACUGCGGGAGAAGAUGCGUAAAGCACAGGACAACUACAAGGCAGCCUGCGAUGAAGCAGCAGAAGCUAAGAUUGAAGCGGAGAAACAAGAAGCUGAAAUGCGAAUCCUACAGCUGGAGAAGGAAGUAGACCAUUUGCAAGAGAAGCUGCUCAGUAUGGAAAACUUGCAGGCUUUGACUGACCAGCAAUUACAGAAUAUUGAAGAUGAGCGAGACAAGCUACAAGAGGAACUGGAGCACCAGAACAAAAAGAUGAAAUUGGAAGACUCUAAGACCCAGAAGAAGCUGAUGGGACUAGACCAAGAACUGAGUGAAUUGAAAAAGACCAUGUUAACAGCAGACAAGACUGCAGCCAGACAGCUAUCCAACACAAAGAGGCAAUUAAAAUCACUUCAUGGGACAAUUCAUAAACUCAAUCAGGAAAGAGCAGAGGAGAUGAAUGAGCUGGAAGCUUUUAGAGCUCAGGCUGAGCAGGCUGCCCGUGACUUAAACAAAGCUGAUGAGGAGAUCAGUCUGCUUCAGCGGCUGCUCCAGGACAGAGAGAAGCAGAUGCUAGAACAGGCGAGUCACACCAAUGAUCGAACAUUAGCUGAUACUUUCCAGCAGCUUGAAUUGGAAAAGCUGAGUAAGACUUUAGACAGACAACGAGCAGAAAUUGAACGUCUCCGAGACCUCCUGGGAAGAGCCAGGGAUGAUAACCCUGGGUAUAUGGAAAGGCUAAUGGAUGAAAUCCGAGCCCUCAGAAAUACUGUGGCCCAGCAGAAUGAUUUCAUGUCCAAUGUCUAUGACCCUGUUAGCAAGAAGGGCUACUGGUGCUAUGUGCCCUCUCCGCCCAAUCCCCCUAGUAUUGGAUCUCAAGGCACCAGAGACUCUGGCCUUGGGUCUCAGCAUCCAGCCUCUCCUAGCAGAGGAUGCAGUCAUGGUCAGCAUGGAAGAAGAGAAGCAGAUGAACCUGAAGGUGGCUACUGGAUUUACUCUCCCAAUCGAAACCUUAGAGUACCAGGACACAGAGGUGGAAACUACAAUGUGUCUGACAGCAGCAGAGGUAGUGGUGAACCAGGGCAUAUUUUUAUCCCACCUCCAGGCUCUGUUAUCUACACAUUGCUCCCCGAUGGAUCACCAGUACCUCAGGGCACCGUGGUCUAUGGACCUCCUCCCUCUUACAUUGGCACGCCAGUGAACCCAGGAACAGUAGUUUAUGGUCCUCCCCCAUCAGGGGUUCACUUGGUAUAUGGUCCCCCACCAGCGAACUUCACAGUUCCCCUCACACCAGUUGGAGUUCUGCACUGUAAUGUUCCAGAUCAUCAUGAGCUGGAAAACAAGCUUUCUCAGCUCAUGAAAGAUAGAAAGAGGUUGCAGAAGGAGUCAAAACGCCCAGAGACAGUAGAUGGACUCCACGGGGAGGUUUGGGCAUUGAAAGAGGAACGCAAUAUGCUGGAGAAAGAGACAGAGGAAUUGCACAGAGCCGUGCAAAGACGCUAUAGACGAAAGGAUUUUCUUGAGGGAACAAUUGGCUCUUUGGUCAGCGAGCUAGAAAUGGAGAAAUCUCUGAAGCAACAAGAUGACGUUGCUAAUGAGAUUGAAUGUCUUGAAAAAACUCUGCUGAAACGAAGGGCUGAGCUAAGAGAGGCAGAUCGCCUACUUACAGAGGCUGAAAGCGAACUUAAAACAACCCGUGAAAGAACUGAGGACUUCAUCCAGCAGUACAGUAAUGCUAAGAGACGCCUGGCAGAUACAGAGAAAGAAAGCGAGGAACUGGAGAAGCGGGCACAGGACACUGCUACGCAGCUUGUGAAGGCCAGCAAAGAGCUAAGGAUAUUAGAGGGUGAUCUGGAAGAGCUGAAACAGUACAGAAGUGAACAGGAGAGUGUCCUUCAGGAAAUCAACACAGUUCUUUCUUCCAGGGACUUAGAGUUUCAAACUUUGGGUCAGAAAAUUGAGAAUAUGACUGAAAUGUUGGAGAAGUUACAGGAAGACUUAAAGAAGAUAGAAACCAGGAGGACACAACAGCUAGAAGUGCUAAAAGAAGUUGAAAACUUAGUAUCUACAAGAAGAUGUGAGCUUGAAAAGUUAAACAGUGAGGUUGAACAACAGCAAGACGAAUUAAUGGUGUUAGACAAGAGACUAGGCCAGAAAAAGGAAGAGGGACGCAUCCUGCAAGAGAAUGUGGAACAGAGAAGGGCAGGUCUGGUAGGAGUGCUCCGUGAGGGCGAAGAGGAGGUGGCUGAGCUGCAUCACCAAAUAAAGGAGCUGAAGGUGGAACUGGAGCAUCUGUCGACACAAAAGGGAGAACUGAAUGCUCAGCUCAGUGAGAAAAGGGCUCAGCUCACCCUGCUCAAACAGGAGAUGCUCAAGGAGGAGGAGGCUCUCCAGAACAUGGUGUCCCAGAUCAACAAACACAAAACAGAGCUGAAGCAUGUGCUGGAAAUGUUACAGCUAGAAAACAAUGAACUACAGGGUAUCCGGGUUCAACACGAUCAGAAAGUGAAUGAGCUAGAGAAGAGUCAGGUGGCAGUACUCCAGGAAAAGGUGGAGUUUCAAGCCUUGCAGCAGGCAACACAGCGCCAGAGAGCAGAAGGUGAAAGACAGAGGCAGGUGAUCGAGAAGGACAGGCAAAAGCUAGAAGAGCUUAGACUUCAGGCCCACUCUCUGCAAGAAAGUGUGGCCUCUUUAAGCAAAGAAAAGAGCCUCCUGGAAGAAACGUGCCAAAGCUUAAACAACAAGCUUGCUCAAACUAAGCGUGCUGCUGCAACAGCAGAAGAAAACAACAGAGCAGAACAAUGCAAACUAGAAAAGCUGGAGUCUGAACUGUCCCGUAUGAGGCAGGAGAUUACUCAAGGGAACAACCAAAAGCAAGAAUUCAGCCAUGAUGUCAGUGCUGUCCAGCAGCAGUUAAAAGAAAAAUCUGAAGAGUUGAUAUUACUACAAGAUGACCUCCGUGACACAAAAGAGCAGAUACAUCGUGUCGAAGAGGACCUACAAGAUGCAAUCCGGAAGCGGAAUGACCUUCUGUCAGAGCAUGCCACCCUCAAGGAGUCAAUCACCCGUAGCUCUCUGAAAUACCAAGAGCACCAGCAUGAGCAGGAGACGUUGGAGCAAGAAUUGGAGCAGCUCCAUUGGAAGAUCAGUGACAAGAAAACCAGGAUGGCACAGCAAGAAAAGUGUUUACAGGCCCUGCAGACAGAGAUUGAGGAGGAACAGCACGCAAAGCAACAGAAGAUCAAGGUGCUGCAAGAGCAACUCCAUUCUGUGGAAGAAACUCUUGCAGACAAGCAAAGCCAACUGGAGGAGGUGGUUGCCCGGUUGGCUGAACUGGAAGCCCAGGGCAGGAGGCUCCACUAUGAUCAGGAGCAGUGUUCUCAGCUGGAGAAGAAGAUGACUGAAAUCAGGCAACAGCUGGAUGAAAGGGAGGAAAAAUUCCAGAUAGGCACUCGCAACUCUCAACUCCUGCGUGAGGAACUUGGCAUCUGCCAAAAUGAAGUAGCAAAGCUGCAAGAACAGCUGGGCACAGAACGACGGAUGACUGAAAAGAAGAUGAAGGCACUGCAGGCUGAGAGGGACUCCGACAGGGCACGAUUAGACAGUUCUCUCCAAGUACUGCAACAGGAAAAGAAUCAACUGCAUCGAAGCCUAGCCUUGGCUGAGCAGGCGGCCUAUGACAAUCACGAGAGAUCCCGAACACUGCAGAAGGAACUCGGGGCGCUCCGGCACAAGUACUUCCGUCUGAAGGAGAAGUUUCAGAGCCAGGAGGAGAAGAUCCAGCGAAUGGAGACUAGGAAUGCGAUGGUGGUGUUUAAUGGUGACCCAGAAGAGGUGGAGCCGGAGUCAGAUGUGGAGUCUUCGGAGCAUGGCAGCCAAAAGGAGAAUAGCCAUCCUUUCUUGGAAAUUGGAAGACGAGCUGAGAGCAGAGGAGUGCUGGGCCUGUUUAACUUAGAGGAGGAGCAAUGGCGAGGUGAGGCGCUGAGGGAACGACUACAACAGCAAGAGGAUCACUUGAAGGCCCAGCUCCGUAAGCGCAUGUGGACCCAGGAGGAGGCCAUGCAUCAACGCAGGCAACAGACAGAGGGAAGCCUCAUCAGCCUGCGCAGGAAAGUGGAAGCGCUCGACAACCUGGUCAGCGGCGGCAACAGUGGCUCCUCAGCUGAGCCUUACCCACCUCUCUCCAGGGAUGGCACCAUGCAGAAGCGCAGCAAGCUUCUCAGUUCGGACGGCCAAAGACCCCACAGUGGGAGAGCACGUGACGCCAGCAGCGACAGCCUGGAUGUGCUGUCCAGCCCUGACCAAGACACAGGGAAAAGUCAACACCUCAUCACACAGUGGAGCUGAAGUCGUGUUACGCGAAACCCAAAGGGACGCCGGUCCGCUACCUCACGAGCUCGUCUGCCACACAGAACUCCACUUGCCAGGCGAGGAGGCAGAAUACUAAGGGAGGGGGGGGGGGGCUUCAUGUUUUUUUUAAAAAAAUGCUUGUUGUGUUAUCACUUGACUGGUUACAGUUACUGCACUUUUUGGAAAGGUUUAAAAAAAAUGUAAAUAACAAUCUUACCUGUUUAAAUUAUUCUGAGCCAAGUUUACCACUUUGCCUUUUACAGUUUUUUCUUUUUUGCAAAUGUGAAUUUUUUUUAUAAUGUUCAAAGAAAUUUGUAAUCAAACAAUAAAACAACAUAUUUUAAUA